AUGAAGAGCAAGGGGCAUAACCGAAAACCUGGAACUCGUAACAAGUUCAUCCGGUACCUCAAAGUUCCUUUCAAAGCUUUGGGGAAAGCCAGGGAUUUUUAUGUUAGAAGUUUGACAAGUUGUGCUUCAAGAAUCGGCCAUGGACAUUGCCCCAGUCAUUUCCCGGUGGAAUACUAUGAGUUGCCGAGGAGCUUUUGCGAAAGCUCAUCCCCAAUGCGUAAUGUCAACAAAGAUGAUGAUAAAACAGAGCUUAUUAGGGCCGCAUCUGUUAGGAGCUCCAGUUAUGGAAAUGAAAUGGACAUGUUUUCGCCAAAGCAACUGAGGUUGAAGAUGAGAUCAAGAGGGUUGCCAAAGAACAUGGGCAGAAUUGAUGAAGACAAGCCUUGUGUAUUUGAAGAUAACGAUGUUGUUUUUGAAAUGAAAAGAAAGUGUCGUAUCAAAUCCCAGCAUCAGCAACCUAUGUCCAAAUACAAACGUAAGGUGUGA